AGAGUGGAGCCAGGACUUGCCGAGUGUGGAGCAGGCGCCAGAGCCAUCACAGACCCCAGGCACACCAGCAGCGCACCUCGCACCACACCGCCCUGCUCGUCGUGGGACAGAGCGGAGCUGCAGCCCCACUCAUCGCCCGGGACCUCCUCGCCACCACCACCUUCGCAGCACCCAUGGGGACCAGGAGACUUUAAAGGAGUUUGGGGUUCCGGGAGCAGGGAAACCACCGAUCCCAGCUCCUGCCUUUCGCCUCGCCUCGUCAUUGAUGGGCAACCAACUGGACCGCUUCACCCACCUCAACUACAGUGAGUUGCCUACGGGGGACCCGUCUGGAAUCGAAAAGGACGAGCUGCGGGUUGGGGUCGCUUACUUCUUCUCGGAUGAGGAGGAGGACCUGGACGAACGAGGGCAGCCAGACAAGUUCGGUGUGAAGGCACCCCCAGGCUGCCCACCCUGCCCGGACAGUCCCAGCCACCACCACCACCACCUGCUGCACCAGCUUCUCCUCAACGAGACUCAAUUCUCUGCCUUUCGAGGCCAGGAAUGCAUCUUUUCCAAAGUGAGCAGCGGCCCUCAGGGCGCCGACCUGAGCGUCUACGCAGUCACCGCGCUGCCAGCGCUUUGCGAGCCUGGCGACUUGCUGGAGCUGCUGUGGCUGCAGCCGGAGCAGGAGCCGCCCGCGCCCGCCCCGCACUGGGCCGUCUACGUGGGCGGCGGGCAGAUCAUCCACCUGCACCAAGGCGAGAUCCGCCAGGACAGCCUGUACGAGGCGGGCGCGGCCAACGUGGGCCGGGUGGUGAAUAGCUGGUACCGCUACCGCCCGCUGGUGGCCGAGCUGGUGGUGCAGAACGCCUGCGGCCACCUGGGCCUCAAGAGCGAGGAAAUCUGCUGGACUAACUCGGAGAGCUUCGCGGCCUGGUGCCGCUUCGGCAAGCGAGAGUUCAAGGCCGGUGGGGAGGUGCAGGCUGGCACGCAGCCCCCGCAGCAGCAGUACUAUCUCAAGGUGCACCUGGGCGAGAACAAGGUGCACACCGCCAGGUUCCACAGCCUGGAAGACCUCAUCCGCGAGAAGCGCCGCAUCGAUGCCAGCGGCCGCCUGCGCGUACUCCAGGAGCUGGCCGACUUCGGGGAUGACAAGGAGUAGCCGCCAAGGGGCCAUCUGCCCCGCAGUCUCCCCGCACCUGCGCUCCCUUCCCACACCCACCCGGGCUUCGUGGCUGGCGACUCUAGAACUCCCGACCCCUCCCGCGGAGUCUCGGCCGGCUGCACCCCUGCACCCCUUGGCCAGCGGCAGGAGAGGGGGCGCGAGCGCGCCUAGCCCAGAGUUGCGGUAGUGAGGACACGGUGGGUGGACCCAGCGCGCCCCUUUGCCUGGAGUUGUACAGGGGGCAGAAGGACACGGGCUAAGGGGAGCAGGGUCAUAAGACACUGGCUGGUCAGCGACUUGAACAGGGAAAGCACCCUUGACUGAAAAAAAAGGGGGCUAUCGCCGCACCCUACCCCUUCACACAAAAACCGAAGCUAGGCGAGAUGCGUCCCCAGGUGGCAGGAUUUCCAAGAAAUCGAGCCAGUCCCUUUUGCACUUGUGAGUAAUUCCACAAGAAAGCACUUCGGGAAUCUACUCAUCCUGAGGCUGCCCGCGACUUCUCCAGCUGUCCAGCCCCAGGUCUCCUGCCUGCCCCGUGUUCUCCGCCCCCGGGCUGCUUCCUGGCUCUCCGGACCGAGGGAAGCAAGCGCCACCCCCGACCUGCAUUCCCCGCGAGUCUGGGAAGCCUCAUCUGUCCCAGGAGGAAAAUGGCGCAGCUAAUUUGGUGAGAAUAGCCAGCCCCGCCUAAUAAAGGGAGACCCCCUGAGCACCUGGCGUGCGGGAAGCUGGGCAAGUGCAGCUGAGCGCUAGUCAAUUUGACCCCUCCUCCGCCCCCUCCUUGAGCUACUGAAUUGCAAAAGUCUUAGUAUUUUUAAAAGGGUUGGAGGAAAGCAAGGGAGAGAACAUGCGACAUUCCGGAAACCAGCAUUCUUACAGCACCAUAGCCAGUAUAUUUAGUUUGGGUCCUAACAUAGAAACCCUAGAACGCGGGAAGUGGAAAUUAAGUUUUAAAAAUGAGAGAGCAAUUUUCCAACUAUGUCAACAAAGCUUAUCGUGUUGAUGUUUUUAUUGACCAUUUAGCAACAUGCUAAUAAAAUUUCAAAUUGAAAUUUUUAUUUUCAUGGCUUUACUCCAUGAUAGUUUAAAUACUGGGGGCCAUUAAGGGUGGAUUUAGCUAAGAGCUUUAGCUAACAUUGCCUUGUCACUCAAUUUUUCACAGAUCCUAUGAGAGUUUUGUUUUUGGAAUAUCGUAAUUUUUGUUUUUCUUGGCUUUAAACAGCAGCCCUAGUGAUGGUGGAGUUGUUGAUGUGUGUGACAUACUGAAUUCCUGUCCGUUGGAAGCUCUCCUGCUUUGCUGGAGAUUGCUAGCAGGUUCCAUGCUGUCUCUUUGCUCCUUGUUGUAGAACAUGCCCAUUUCUGGUUUGCAUUGCCAUCUCCCUUCCUCUCCUUCUGAUGGCCUUGCCAACAACUGUCACAGCUGGUGAUUCCCUGCCCUCCUCUUCGGCCAGAGCCCCGAUGAGUUCCUGAGAACAGGGAAGAACUUGAGGAUCAGGGCCAAGGUGUGUUUUGCACAAACACAAGAAGGCCUUCAGAAGCUCCUUCCUUGGGCAAGAAUUUACAAAUUUCUCCCCUAUUGUUGCAGCAUCAGCCUGAUAGAUUGUUAUUUGAUUCCGUGUGUAAGACACCUACAGUGUCUACAUCUCUUUGAAGGGAUUUUAUCAAAUAAAUUGUUGAGCUAAUUGUUGCGAGCAGUCGCUAUUGACAAGUGUGAUUUAGCUGGACAGCAAAUACUAUGGCCAAAGCCAGAUUUUUUUUUUUGUUUUUGGCAUUUCACAAAUAAUGCAAUAAUAACAAAGUCCAGGUUAGCUGAGACUGGAGAUGCCUUUCCAUGGUAGAAGAUUCAUUUCUGUUUUGGAUUUUUGUUUCCAUCCUAGAUUUAUUCCCUGAUCUUGAAUGAAAAGAUCAAUGAUAGAUGAACUAAAAUAUUUUUCUUAAGCCUAUUGAGUGAUUUAUUUUUAGAAAACAUGCAAAUGCAUAUCCUUUUCUUUCAGCACAUACAGUGGCAAAACUUUUGUAAUAACUAACUUACCUUUGCAUGUAUGGAGAACUGAAAGACAUUUAUUUCCCGUUUCCCCCUUUCAAACAACAGGUGGCAGAUCGUAAAGCGAAGUUCUUUGUUGUAUCCACAAGCUCCACAUUCUUUAUUGUGUCUAUGUAUCUUGGUUCCCUGCUGUAUUAAACACCAUCUUAAGCACUUGUUUCAACAGGACUCCUUUCUUGGCAUCUUGUCUUGUAUUGAAGAGUGGUGCUUGGCAAAAGGGACGGAUCAGUCUCUAUCGCACCUGAUACCAGCAUUUAUUUACUGUGAUGACGCAUAACUGGAUUUCUCUUUAACAGAUUUCUGCUUGCGCACACUAGAGUGGCAAUGAAAACAUGACAGUUAAGGUAGCAUUCACUGCAUUAAGGAUCUGGUUGAUUGUAAUACUUCCACAGAUUCACAGUAAUACAACACUCCUUGUAAAAGGAGCUGGAAAUGUUUUUCAGGAUUCUUCUAUUCCUGUUGAAAUAAUCACUUUUUUUUUUCCCUUGGUCGAUGUUAAUAACCAAUGGAAGAAUAAUUCUUUUGGUACUGUGUCAUG